AUGAGCGCCGACGAAGGCGGAGACACAACGCCGAUGCCCGCUACAAAUGGCGAGCCCCAUCCGGAAUCGGGUGUGGUCGCGACUCCUGGAAAAAGGAAGCGUUCGGCCCCAGACGAGAAGUCAGGCGGAGAUUCCAAUGCCUCCGCGGCGCGCGAAAAGGCAAAUCUUCACGAGAACUUGCGCAGCCUCGUUGACCUACUUUUGAAGCAUGACACCGAACUGCAACUGCUCACCUGUCCCUUUCCAACCUCCGGAGCAAAGCCCCGAGCGAAGCGCGCCAAGGUUUCGAGUGAUCAGGAAACCUCGAAUGUUCAAACUCGGGUUGAAUCCGACCGCUACGGUACCCUGCAAGAGUUCCUGGCCGACAUCGAAAGGGCCUCUGCCGCCGUGAUCGAACGCAACCAGAACCAGUCAAAUAGCACCAAAUCUGACGGCACGCCUCUCACUGAGGUCGUCAACCGCAUCGCAGCCUUCAAAAAGCACAUGAACAGCUUAAUCGGCCAAUCCUUCGUCAACCAGCCAGAGGUCAAGAUUGAGGCAUCGGACGAUGAGGCCGAUGACGAAGCUCAUUGUUCCGUGUCUAACGUUGGCGCUCGCGAGGACAGACAGGCUCUGACAUUGUUUGGCGGAAGCCAGUCGAAUCCGAAGCAGCUGUUUUCAAGUCUGCAGAAGUCGGUUCAGGUGCCUUUGCCUUCCUCUGGAUCCGAUGAGCCAAAGUUCGUUGAAGUACAUGAGGAACUCCGCGAGGGUGCUUUGCCAAAUGGUAUCGCGGCUUCCAAGGUGGUUCCUUAUAAUCUUAACGCCACAACGCCUCCAAAGAGAACAUUCAGGGAGGUUUUUGGCCCUCGCCCGGGAUUUCCCCCACUAGAGCCUCCACGAACACAUGGUAACCGAAGCAACUCGGUUUCCUGGAUCGAUCCAUUCGAUGCUGUCUUUGAUCCCAAAUCAUUUUUCGGCGAACGCAACAACUACUGUCUUUCCCCGCUUCCAUCUGGACAGUGGCUGCAAUACGGUGGAGUCACAUCGUCACCUGCAUUCUGGUCUCGUGUCGAAAAGAACCAUGCAGAGGGGAGCGUCAGACCGAAGCAUGGGGAUCCAGCCCUUUGGACCGGCGAUGACUCGUCCCUCCUCCAGGGAGUCUACUCUUCAUUUGCACCCUCUUUCGACAGCUCCGGUGCUGUCCUAGAGGUUGACUCGAAGGAUAUGGUGUGGUGGGAGAAAAGAGGCGCAAAGCGCUUGCGUACCCUUCUCUCCCUGCCAUAUCAAGGCUCAGAAGAUGAAGUUACCUCUGUGGAACCGGGCAGCAUCGGUGAUCUCGACGAUGCCACUCUCGAGGAGAUGAUGAAAGCUUGCGACUCUCAGGACUUUUCGUAUGACUUUGAACAAGAAUAUCCAAGCAAAGAGGAUCCGGAGAGCAGAGAAGUUGAAGAGAUGCUUCAGGAGAUUUCUGAAAUGCUGGACACCUUGAGUUCAUAUCAGAGAAUUCGCAACCUCGUCGACCCUUCUGAAGGCGAUAAGGAGGAGUCGGACGAGACCCCUGCGCCAGAGUUUGGCACCCCGGACAGCCCGUCAGAUGCUGAAAGGGCUGUUUACGAACACUUGAAAACGACACUCAUUGCGAUCAUCAGUAGCCUGCCACCAUAUGCUAUCGCAAAACUGGACGGUGAUCAGCUGGCAGAUCUGAACGUCAGCCAGAAGAUCCUCAUCGAGAACCCAGACUACAGUGGCACCAUGGAAAGGGACGACUACACAUUGCACCAAGAACGGAUUAAGGCGAUGGCAGCUGCGUCAAGCGCUGCCAAUCGGACCUCGACUCCAUCCGCGGCACGACCUAGCAGUUUCUCGACGCCCCAAACCGCAUAUAAUCAGCGUGCCUUUGCUUCCAAUUCUCGCGUUUCGCAACCACAAGGAGGAUUCCAAGUGCCACAGAGUGCGCCCCGGCCCUCUGCCACGGGUUCAUUUACACCUGGAUAUACCGGAAGCCGCCCACCGAGCACUCCAUCCCAACGUCCCGGCUACACCUCGCAGCAGUAUUCGCAAGGAAAUUCGCAGUACGGUCAGGCCAACAAUGUGCCGCAGUUCCAACGCUCUGCGCAAAACGGCUAUUCUGCACAGCAGAGUCAGUCUCCCCAGCCUUACACUCCAAGGCCUGGGCAACCCGGAUACAAUGCCACCCCUCAAGGCCGCACUCCUUAUGCCAACGCGGGCCAACGACACCCGUACAGCACCCAGACUCCGUCGCAGGGUGGCUACUCAAAUACCGCUGCCGCCGCAACCUACGCCCGCAGUGCUGCUGAACAAGCCGCGGUGAUGGACCGCAACAAGGCCCAACUCGCUGCUCAACAAAGUCGUCAGAGUCCUUCGACACCACAGCCGGUUCUUGAAGCUCGCCAAUCACAGGAGGGCAGCCUGACCCCAGGAAGCAGGCAGAACGGCACACCCGUCGCUUCAUAG